ACCGCGCCGCCCUCUGUUUUUCUCUAUCCCUCUCGCCGAAAACUGCGAGGUUCAGAUCGGAAAUCUUCUUUGAAUUUUCAAACCCGCCAAAAUUCUAUAACCCUCCUCCCAAUUUUAACGGUAUCUCUUUUUACAAUAAUCUCACUAAAAGAUUGAUUCUUGAACCAGCUACUGGAAUGUCGUCGUUUGUUUCUCGGGAAAAUGAUCCCAAAGCACAGUGCUUCUACAGUCGGAAAGAGAAAUCCCUUGGCCUCUUGUGCACCAACUUUUUGAGCUUGUACGACCGGGAGGACGUCGAAUCGAUCGGACUCGACGAUGCUGCAAGCCGAUUAGGAGUUGAGCGGCGAAGGAUUUAUGAUAUUGUCAAUAUCUUAGAGAGUGUCGGUAUUUUAGCGAGGAAAGCCAAGAAUCAGUAUUCGUGGAAGGGUUUUGGGGCAAUUCCUAGGGCUUUGGAGGAGCUCAAGGAGGAGGGUUUGAGAGAGAACUUCAAUAUCUCAGACUGCUGCAAUUUUGCAAAAUCUCUAGAUGACAUAGAAGAGGGUGGGUCUUCCAAUUCAAAAUCUGAUGGGCAAGACAGAUCUUCUGGAUUAUCAAAAAAUGAUAACAGAAGAGAGAAAUCUCUUGGGCUUCUUACACAGAAUUUUAUCAAGCUUUUCCUUUGCUCGGAUGCAGAUUUGAUCUCCUUAGAUUGUGCUGCAAUGGCUUUAUUGGGUGAUGGACACAAUUCAACAGCUAUGAGAAAUAAUUCUGCAGCAAAAGUUAGACGCCUGUAUGACAUAGCCAAUGUGUUAUCUUCCAUGAACCUAAUAGAGAAGACCCCUCACCCAGAGAGCAGAAAACCAGCAUUUAGGUGGCUGGGAGUAAAAGGAAAACUCAAGAACGCAUCUGCUACUGCUAUGGAUGUCCAACAGCCUAAGAAGAGAGUGUUCGGGACUGAUGUUACAAACUAUAGUUUGAAGAGAAAUAAGGAGGAUUCUUCAACCGAUUGGAAGUCAAACCAGAAUAUAAAUAUGCCAUUGCAUAUGAAACCUGGUGAUUUGGAAAACAAUGGGGAUGGAUUGGAGCAGAAUUCAAAACAUAGCUCAAAGGGGUUUGUAUUUGGCCCAUUCACUCCUGCAUCUGCUCCUGGAGUAGGAGACUCUGCAAAUAAAAUCAUGAAACCUACACAGGACUGGGAGAGCCUGGCUUCUACCUUUCGUCCUCAGUAUCGGAAUCAAGCUAUCAGUGACCUAUUUGGACAUUACGUGGAAGCAUGGAAGUCAUGGUAUGUUGAAGUUGCUGGGAAGAAACAGACGAACUCUAGAUAAAAUAAAAGACAUUUCCAACUACAGCAAUGAAAUACACCUUUUCCUUUUCCUAGCCAUGAAGAUCACAAUUCAUGAGUUCAUGUUGGAAGCAUUUUCUUGAUGCGCCAAUUGGAACGCUUGUCACCAACUCUGCUCAUUAACACCUUCAGUAUCAUAGUCCUGAUUUUUUUUCCCUUUUCUCCACAGCUGUAAGUCUCCAAGGUUUGAUCGGUUUGGAUAAAUGAACAUGUAAUAAUACAGGGAUAGCAAGAGUGAUUUUCCAUUUCCCUUGCCCAAUUCAUAUUUGGAAAGAGAAACAUUAAAAAGAAUUUUUCUUUUUCUCAAAUUCUUGUAGAUGGUCAAGACAACUGUCUUCCCUUGGACAUUUCAUUUGACAAUUCAUAUGUUGAGGCACUCAACCCAAACUGCUUCAAUUGGGGUACAAGAACUUCAGAUUUGAUACACAUUAGACCUAGUAGAAACCUGAAGAAACAUCGUGGAGAAAGCAUGUCUUCUCUUGGUAUUUAAGGCAUAUGUUAAAAAUGAAAAUGGUGAACUCGUUGCCGGGUCCUAUUGCCCUCUAGGCUGCUACUUGAAUGAAGCUGCCAAGCUCAAAGUGUAAACUUCAAUAGGGCCCUAAACAGGAUCUGGAACCAAUGCUACAUGUCGUGCACCCAGGAGAUCCCAGAGCUCACAGUGAACUCUGAUGAUAUAUGUUCAUGAAUAAGGAUAUAUUACUGUUUUCUUUACAUUAUAUCACUAGCGGAUCAUUAUUUUCCAUCUUUACAUGAACCUCAGGUCUCAAUCAUCCAUUGAAAGUGGAUGAAGCCAUGGGAGGAGCCUGCAGAAGCAAAGAAAAAGAGGGCACACGCAGGUAAAUUAGGAAAUAAGGUAAGAAACUUUACCUGCUGUUUACCUUGAGCUUCUAAGAUUGUUUCACCUUUUAUUUUUGUUGUUAACAAGGCAUUAUCUUUGUCAAGCACAGAAGAUAAAGGAUAUCUCCGUAUUUAUUGUGGCACAGUAUUAACUGAGCAAAACAGAUCCAAAAUCUCAAAAAUGUGGUUCAUGGCAGCUGUGGAGGGGCCAUAAGACCAUACAAGCCAUGACCACCGUUUGGUUUUUGGUCCACCUCUAUUUUGAUUCUAUGGUUUACUCAAAGAUUAAUGGACCCCAGUAUGCAUACAUGGUUAUCUUCUCUUCUCUCCUCUUUUACAAUAAUCUGAUUUCUUGUGGUCCUAAAUAUCUUACAUAAAACAGUCACUCCGUUAUCUGUUAAUAACAUCAAGACAAUUGGUCA